AUGCACCAAGAAAGGUUAGAAAUUCCUCAACCUAUUCAACUAAGGCCUCAACAAUCGCAGCAUUUACAAGUAUUUGAAGAAGAGAAUAUUAGCAACUUAGAUGUGAGCAACAUUGAAGAUAACACAUCACCACAAAAGGAAUUGCAUUAUUUUCUUCGAAAUUUAUCGAAUAAAAUAAAACAAGCUAUUGAUCAAGAAAUGAUAGAAGAUACGUCGGAUGAAGAAGAUGAUGAAUUGUUAGUAAACCUCGACAAUGAUGAUAUCGAGCCUGAAGACCUUCAAAGAGCAACGUUAGGUGAUGCUUUGGAUUCUAUUGAAGGAAAUAAUAAUUCUACAAUAUAUGCUGUUGGCCAUCGUAAACAGUAG